AUGGGUGAACUCGAUUUAACUGUACAAUCAGGUGAAAAUAUUUUUGGAUUAUUGAUUGCAUCAGUUGAAUUUCUUCUCGAAGAGUUAUUCGAGCACGUUCAAGAUUUCCUGUUCGAAAAACAUACUAGUUGGAUUCAAAUAAAUCUCGUUCUUUUUGUUCAUACUGUGUUUAAACUUGAUAGCUGCAAGAGAUUGCAAAAUUAUUGUUAUGAAGAAAUCAAUAGAACAUCGCGUGCCAGUACUGUUGCUCAUACAGUUAGUCCCACACCAUCAGUUUUAUCAAAUAUAAGCUUUGAGCCUAAUAGAUAG